CCGGUGCCUUCUUCCUUCCAUUGGCAGCGUCGCCGUUCCCAUUCAAUACGCAUUAAGUCUCUUUAGUUAGUUGCUAAUCUCGGCUGUCUGCUAGUUAAUUGUUUCUAGUGCCGGCCGGCGCUGCCCAGAUCAUCGUCCCUGCUAAUCAAGGUUUUUAUUAUCCUCGCCAGAACAAACGGCUUCUCCAAAGCCGUCCCUCCUCCGCGCACUCAAUUUCUUUCUUGAUCCGCGAGGAACACAAGGGCGGGCUCCGCCUCUUUCUCCGGGGAGGACAGGAUGAACAACCUUCUCACGGAUUCCUUUGAAAGGGAUGAGAAUCCAAAAAAGGAGAGGGACGUUGAGAUAGGGUAUAGAAAUCCAAAGGACAACUCGGAUUAUGGUCUCGAAGACUUCUUCGAAGAGGUCAAUGAGAUUGAGAUGUUGUUGGAUAAGAUGUCCAACAUGGUUUACAAGCUUCAGGAAGCUAAUGAGGAGUCAAAAUCGGUCACUAAAGCUUCUGCAAUGAAAGCAAUCAAAGGGCGCAUGGAGAAAGACAUUGAAGAAGUAGGGAAGAUCGCACGCAAUGUAAAAGUGAAGUUGGAACAAAUGGAUAGAAAUAAUCUUGAGAACAGAAAGAAGCCAGGGUGUGGAAAGGGCACGAGCGUGGAUCGAUCAAGAAUGUCAAUGACAAUUGCAUUGAAGAAGAAGCUAAAAGAAAGAAUGAACGAUUUCCAGAAUCUAAGGCAAGCAAUACAAGAAGAGUACAGAGAAAUUGUAGAAAGGAGGAUCUUCACAGUCACAGGAACAAAGCCAUCUGAAGAGGUGAUUGACCGUCUCAUUGAGACUGGAAGCAGCGAGCAGAUCUUCGAGAGAGCAAUUCAGGGAACGGGUCGAGGGCAGAUUCUUGCCACGGUCGAAGAAAUUCAGGAACGGCAUGAUGCAGUUAUGGAGAUAGAGAAAAGGCUUCUUGAGUUGCAACAGAUUUUUGCAGACAUGGCAGCACUCGUUGAUGCUCAAGGAGAGAUUCUAGACAACAUAGAGAAUCAGGUUCAAAAUGCUGUAAACCAUGUAGUAACCGGUACUGAAGCGCUGCGUACGGCAAAGAGCCUGCAGAAAAAGUCGAGGAAAUGCAUGUUGAUUGCGAUUAUCAUUCUGUUGGUUAUUGCUGUCAUCGUCGUGCUUUCGAUUUUAAAGCCCUGGGCUAAGUAGUGCGGAAAAAAAAAUACUAUCUUCUGUUGCAUAUUUUGUAAACCUACUACAGUUCUUGUAAGUUGCAACCACUUCCCAUGGCUAUAUCACUCAGACAGCCUUGUUCAUGUAGUUAUCUAAAGCUUCACAAAGGUGGAAAACAGUACCGUUGAUGUACAUUAUUG